CGGCGGGGCGCGGCAGACGCUGGGACGCGGCGCACCAAGGGAAGCGGCCGGCCGCCCAUGGCGUUCGCGCUGCUGCGCCCCGUCGGCGCGCACGUGCUGUACCCGGACGUGCGGCUACUGAGCGAGGACGAGGAGAACCGCAGCGAGAGCGACGCCUCCGACCAGUCGUUCGGCUGCUGCGAGGGCCUGGAGGCGGCACGGCGCGGCCCGGGCCCCGGAGGCGGGCGGCGGGCGGCCAGCAGCGCGGGCCCGGUGGUGGUGGUGCGACAGCGGCAGGCGGCCAACGCGCGGGAGCGGGACCGCACGCAGAGCGUGAACACGGCCUUCACGGCGCUGCGCACGCUCAUCCCAACCGAGCCGGUGGACCGCAAGCUAUCCAAGAUCGAGACGCUGCGCUUGGCGUCCAGCUACAUCGCGCACCUGGCCAACGUGCUGCUGCUGGGCGACGCGGCCGACGACGGGCAGCCGUGCUUCCGAGCGGCGGGCACCACCAAGAGCGCGGUCCCAGCCGCCCCCGACGGCGGCCGCCAGCCGCGUUCCAUCUGCACCUUCUGCCUCAGCAACCAGCGCAAGGGGGGUAGCCGUCGUGACCUGGGGGGCAGCUGCUUGAAGGUGAGGGGGGUGGCCCCAGUUCGAGUGCCUCGGAGAUGAGCCUGGACCCCUGUGUCAUUUGCUCCAAGCAGGACCCUGAGAAGGAGGCCAGAGGCCAACCACUGGGCAAACAGGGGAAGACCCCAGGAGCUGAACCCAGGUCCCUUCUUUGUGUAGGGACCAGAGGACAAUGGCCUGGGCCCAUGACCCUCUGAGCAGGCCCCCUGGGACAUCUCCACCCCACCCUGGAGAGCCGUGAGGACCCAUCCAGCCGGCCCAAGCCCUGGCUGCUCAGAGACAAGGCAGAACUUUUGGAAAAACAAAGACUGUUGUUGACAGAGGAUGUGUGCGUGUCUGUGCAUGAGUGUGGGUGUGUGUAUGAGAGAGAGAGAAUUGAUGGGUUUAAAAUAAAAGAUAUUUUUAAGUAAAAAUUGUUCCCAGCUGAAGAAGGGAGGGGCCUGGGGACAUCAGAGGUCAGAGGUGGCCCCUCUCCUGGACCUUGGAAGACACAGGUG